AUGUCAUUAGAAACUGAGUUAUGUCGUGAAAGAGAAAGGUUACGGGGUAUGACUGAUGAGGAGCGUAGAUGGAGGGCACAAUGGGUCAAAGAUCAAAUUUUAUCAGAUUGUGAACCCGUAGAAGUUUGUGAAUUACAAAGAGAACUAACAAAUCCUAUUAAGAGAUUUUACAGGGCACCUUUAAAUGCAGUUUAUAAAAUAUUGAAACCAGUAAUAGGAGCAAAUGCUGCUAUGUGGACAAGGUAUUGUACUAGCAAAUUUUUAAUGGGUCUGGCUUUGAUAUAUGGAGGAACAUACUAUUUCAAGUAUAACGCUAAUGAUUGGACCAGAAAAGGUGGGUGGCGUGUUGUACCCAACCGUCCUGGAGUCUACCCAGGAGAUCCUGAGUUUCCUUAUUGUCCUAAACGAAGUCCAAAUGAAUAUGCCAAUCGAGGAUUUGAUCAGUCACCAAUUUGA